UAUUUAAAUAAGACAUAAGAUUAUAAAUUUAAAAUUUUGCACGAAAGAAUAUGAAGAUUUUAUCGUUUGCACUAAUGGCAGUUUUGGCGCUUGUUUCGAGCACGUACGCGGCUACAAUUAUGGAGGUGUCUGCAGUUACUGUAUUCGACCGUUGUCAUCCUAUGGGCAGGCAGUCAAGUUAUUUUGAAACACCAACCACAAGUAUUGCGUCAAGAAACGACGACCUUCCGUUUAGAGUUCGAAUUUUUCCAGCAAGAGACGGCGGAUCGCAACAAGUACAAGUGGUCGGCAAUCUCUUUUCCAAAGUAAUGGUCCAGGCUCGCCUCGGUCACGACUCUUCAGCGCCUUUAGUGGGCAAUUGGUCAUCUAUUAACCUACCUUCUGGUCACACUGUGAUAACUUGCGCAAGUAACGGUUCGGCUGUCAGCAGUCUUGAUGACGUAACAAAGAAAGCUCAAGUGACGUAUACGUGGCUAGGGAGGUGCCAAGAAGGGAUUAAUUUCUUUGUUUACGUACUUCGAGAUUUGACUGACUCCACGUGGUCUUACACCCGAGUACCGUGCGCCUUUGUUAACCUGAGGACGACUACAUCUGCUCCUGUAAUAAGCGAAGCAGGAUUUACCGCAUGGAGUGCUUAUGGAGCUUGCAGUGUAACGUGUGGGCAGGGUGUGAAACAAAGACGACGAACAUGUUUACUGGAAAAUAUAUGUGAAGGAAAUACAACCGAAAGCAUAUCAUGUCAAAUGCGAUCGUGUCAAGCACCAUGUCUCAACCGAUUUUUAAGAUGCGACGUUUGGAGCGUAGGUAGCGCAUGUCGAGGUAACUUUGGAUCCUGGUUGCAAAGAAACUGCCCUCGGUCAUGCGGGGUGUGCAAUGUACCAACAUCGAGACGAUGCGUAGACAACCAGGCUUUCAAGAUGAGUUGUUUCUAUUGGUCACGUAGACAACUUUGUACUUCUGAACGAAGUUUUUGGAAGAAGGUCGUCAGAGAGCGUUGUCCUGCAUCGUGCAGAAUUUGCUAAUCUUGUUCAAUUUAUUGUAUUUAAGUUUCCAUAAGGAAUAACCCGCUAUGCAACUUAGUAAGCUUCUGAAACCUCUUGUAGCCGCCAACGAACUGCUGCAUAAUACUUUUGUGCAGCAAAAAUAUGAAGGAAGUCAAGAGGCCUCUUGCUUGGAGUUAGCGGCAUAUAUAGUAUGGGGUGGGAGAAGAUGGGACAACUUUUAAUUCUAUUUCUCGUCCCAUUUGGUAGUAAACAAAGAACGUUUAAAGAAUUAUAUCCUCACGACUUCCAUAGACCGUUGUUAAUUGUUUAAAACACGAUCAGGUUAUUUGGAAAUUAUGUGGUAAAAAUGUCCCAUCUUACCCCACAGUACUAUCUCAAACGUUGUGUUCUACAGUUAAAAUAUUCCCACCCCUGCUUUAUGUUGAUACCUGGUUGAUCCUACCUGUGGUGAUAUGCGUGUUUCAAAUAUUAAGCCGUGCAAGUCCUAAUACGAGUUCUGGUACAGCGAAAAAUUAUGUUACAUUAUUAUAAAGUGCCGAUAGUACAAUCUUUAAAUACAUUCUAUUUCAACAUG